CUCCGAAGCUGCGUCUCCUGCUCGAUGAAGUCUCUGUUCCUACCAAUCCGAAAUUCAAUUCUUUUGGUGAAGCUAUCGUUCACCUCUCGUCUGGUCAUGAGAAUUGGGAUUUCAUAAUCAAGACCGAAAACUUUUUUUGCAUUUGAUCGUGCGGAGGGUUAUUUUUCUCGCCAGAAAGCACCUCACUCAAAGUUCCCGAGCGUGCAUAAAGUCCUUGUUCUCAAAAAGUACAAUUGCAUCCGAAGCGAGCUAGCGUCCAAAAAAAGUACAAGGGAGGGUGGCAGAUAUAUCAAAGCGCGCACGGACUCGUCCGAUUUCACGUCUUUCAAUCCGAGUAAACGCCUUCCCCAUAGCUAUGCCCGGCACAUUGCGCACGCACGACCUCGAACGGAUUCCACUCCCCGCAAUCACGACAGUAUUUGACUUCAGCGGACAGAACAAUCCGUUCAAUGUCGCUCUGACGCGGGGUCUCGUUGCCCGCACGCUUGCGGCUUAGGACGGUGACGCGCUGGGCGACGGGAAUUGGUUUGCCACCGAAAAGCUUCGUGAGCUUGUCCUUCGGCGGCGGGACCGAAACAGUGAGGUGGUAGAUGCAAUCCUGGGUGACGGAGAGGACCAGUGCGUCGCGGAUGAGCGCGGGAGUCAGAUGGGUGUCGCGAAAAGACGCGUCGGUGAGGAUGGAGGUCGGAAUUUCAAAUGACCCGAUGAGAUAUUGUUCAAAGGGGCGGGUUCUCGCGGCUGAGAAUUAAACAGGAAAUAUCGAGGGAGUAAGCUGUCUGGUCGAGUCGCAUGCCACCUUCCAAGAAGAACUGGAGCAGCCGGCCGCGACUGUCCUCCAGCACUGUGUGGGAGGAUGUGGCAACGCGACAUUUGGCUUGCGCGCAGAGCUCUUCCAGAUCACUCAGAAGUGGCACGCUCUGGAGAUAUGCUACGCAAGCCGCCUUCGCGCUAGUCUCUUCUGCAGACGAUGCCACCGACGAGAUGGACUGCACCAGGCGGGGAGAAGUGUCGAAGAUAUCUGGGAACAUGGUGGCUGAGGACGGAAAGGAAGAAGGUGAGCUCGAACAAUACCCGUCGAGCAUUCAAAUACUCCUCAGCUGGGGACCGCUUUGCAUGAGAAGCCAGACGCGCGGUGCAAAGCCAUCGAGCGAGCCAUAAUGGAAAAGGAACGCGUGGAACGGUCACUCGAUUUCGUCACGGUCCAGUCAUGCAAAUGACAGGAAGAAGCAGGUGUUUUUCCUGGCAGCGCUGGACAAAGGCCUGUUAUCCAUUGUCGCAGACACCGCUGAGUAGCAGAACCUUGAUGGAUGACGAGAUAGAGAUGAGGCUGGAUUACGUGCUGCGCGGCUGGCGGUGUGAGAAUUUGGAAUCCUGGUAGACAGAAAGCGGUGCAGUGAGAAAGACACGCUGGAUAAUUUUUCAUCGGUUUUUACGUUUUCACGUUCACGCUGGCUGGACUGCGAACGGACGCCAGCAGCUCAGUAUUGAGUCUGAUAGACACAAGCCCUUUCACACCGCAAGAAAAGCCACUCC